AUGGAGGACGUCGACUUCAACGAGCUAAAAGAGCAACAGCGACAACUAAAGCGGACCAUUAACGGUGUAGCUAGGUUCGUAGACGGCUUCUCAGUGGAACGGCACGAAAACCAGAUCGACGUUCGGUUGGAUAUGUUAGAAGAUGCGAUGCGAAGAUUCUACAACGUCCAGAGGAAGAUGAAGGUUAUCCUCGACGAAGAAGACCUCGAAACCAAACCAGAAUCAAAAGAAUCCGAAAGUCAGCGAGAAAAACGAAUUCAAGCCAAAAUCGCUAAGCGUGAGGCUGAUUUUGAUGAGGCGGCAUCCCAGGUCGAAGAGGUCUACUGCACAGCGAAAUCUUCCCUGGUAGAAUUCAAGCGGAAAAAGCAAGUGUCAGUCGAAGAGUCAGUUUUAUCUACGAAUUCAGCAAUGUCGCGAGUAAAACUUCCUGAAAUUCAGCUGCCGAAUUUCAGCGGAAAUAUUAGAGAAUGGGUCACCUUCCGCGACAUGUUUCAGAGCUUGAUACACAACAACGGCCAGCUUUCCCCGAUCGACAAAUUUACCUACUUGAGGUCAUCGGUGACGGACGACGCAUUGCAAGAAAUCGGCUCAAUCGAAAUCACGGCCGCAAACUACCAGGUGGCAUGGAGUUUGUUGGAAAGGCGGUAUGAGAGUAAGAAACUCAUCGUCAAGGCGCAUUUGGACGCGAUUUUCGCAAUCGAGCCAAUUCGUCGGGAGAACAGUGAGUCGUUGAAUCGCCUCAUCGGUGACUUCGACAAAAACCUACAGAUGUUGGACAAGAUUGGGGAAAAUACCGAAAGCUGGUCGACGCUGUUGGUACACAUGAUCUGCAUGCGCCUAGAUCCGGUAACACUUCGGCAGUGGGAAACGCAUCACAACUCGAAGGAAGUGCCGACCUAUUCCAGUUUGAUGAACUUCCUUCGAGAUCAGUGUUUGGUUCUGCAAUCUCUCGUCGCCAAUACUUUACCAGAACCUCAGCACCCGAGAUUCACGAGAUCACCGGAUCCACAGUAUCGACGAUUUAGGAGCUCGCCUCAGCCAAAUUAUCGACGGUUGAGAAACACAACAACUUUCCUGGCAUCGCAGCCCCAAGAAUGCUGCGUCAUUUGUGGAGAUC